CAAGUGUAUUGGUAAGUCAUCACUGACAGAUGUUUUCAUAUAAUCUUAUAAUUCUUCGUAAUAAGACUCAGAGUCAGAAGUCUUGCAGAUCAUAGCCUGGUCUUCAAGAUGAUAACCCUUUCUAUUUUGUUUAUUUUCAUCACUGGCAUUGCUGCGGAGUGCUGUCAGUCAAGGAGCAUGCCUGAUGGGGAUACUUAUUCCUUCUAUAAAACCAUGGAGCAAUCUACUCUUGGCAUGCCAUCAGACUGUCUUGAUGGUUGCAUGUAUACUAAGGAUGGAGAUGUAUCAAGAAAACUUUACUGUUUUGGAAAUGGUCCUAUGGAAUCUCAGUGUGGUUCAUGUGGAAUUGACAAUUUUCCUAAGAACUCUAGGAUAAUAAAUGGAGAACCUACAGAGCCACAUAGAUAUCCUUGGAUGGUUGCAAUAUUUUUCAUAAACGAGAAUGGAAUGCCACAAUAUAUUUGUGGUGGAUCACUGAUUAACAAUCAGUUUAUACUAACUGCUGCUCACUGCACUUAUGAUUAUUCAAAAGAGAACCUUCUACUUUCUAUUAGUGAACAUAAUAUUACAAAACCAGAUGGUGAAUCUAUUACAAACUUUUGUGAGAUAAUUAACCAUCCAUAUUGGUCAAAUGUUUUUGAAAAGGGGUUUGACAUAUCAUUAAUAAAACUGUGCCAGCCUAUCGUCUUUACAGAGACAUUGUCCCCUGUAUGCUUGCCCUCCAUACAAGAUUUAGGAAAUGAGUUUGAGAAUAUGGAGGCUAUUGUUGCUGGGUGGGGACUAACAUCAGAGGAAUCGGAUAGGACCAAUGUUCUAAUGGAGGUUAAGGUAAAAACCAUGAGUAAUGCAGAUUGCUGUGAUGCUAGCAAGGGACGCAAGUGGACAUGUGGUUGGGCUAUGACUCUAAUGUGUGCUGUAGAAGAAGGACCUAAGGGAUCAUGCAAGGGUGACUCUGGAGGACCCUUAAUUAUUAAAGGCAUCACUGGAGCUUUUACUCAGAUUGGAAUUGUAUCAUUUGGACGGGGGAAUCAACGUUGUACUUCGGAUGAUUUCCCUGGUGUGUAUACUCGGGUUUCACCGUACUUGGACUGGAUUAAAGAAAACUCUAAAGUUAAUCAUACAUCUUCACCAUCUUCUGGUCAAUAAUUAUGAGAGCCAAGAUUGGUGAAUUGUUUGUUAUCAUUGGUGUUUUAAUUGGUUUCAAUAAAUUCGGAAUAUCUUA